AUGCCUCCUCCAAACUCUGGCCAAGUUUCGGGUGCUGCCCCCGGUCCUCCCACCCCACCCCCGAGGCCAUACCCAAUAACGUCUCCCUGGAAUGUCACCUCCACCGGGCUAGUCGAUAGGGGAAGAAAGACUGGAGGCCGUGUGUCGCCCCCCGCCCCGCCCCCUCCUCCCAGCCUGUCCGCUCCGGUGCCGGGCUUGGCAGCUGUGCGAAAAAGCUUCAGUGUUCAAACGGCCCUCCCCGAGCAAGCCGGCACCCGAGCGACUCCAGCGUGGCGCUCUCACAUCCCCCGCCAGGCGGCCUCAGCGGAAAAGUUGAAAGAGAUUCGGUGUUUUGUCAGGGACACCCGCCAGGCUGAGGACCCCUGUGUCUCCCGGGAAACACCGCCUCCCACCCACCCCGCCCCCCACCAGGGGAACCCCUUUCCCAACUCCUCGGAGCGCAAGGCUGACCCCAACUGGGAGAGGGGGGCAAAGCCGUACCCAGCCCCCACCCCAGUUCCGCGCCGCAGAGUGGUCACGCCCCCCCCCCCACCCCCGACCCUAAAACCCCGCUUUUUGUCUGGACUCAAUGAUCUGCGACCGAGCAGGCAGCAGCCCCGGCAUCGCAGCGCAGUACUAGCCGCUAAGAUGGUUUCGAAGGCGGGGGACUUGGGCCCAGACCUCUCCCGCCCCACCACAACCUCCUGGGUCCAAGCUCCCCACACCCCAAAGGGGAGCGGCCCCCAGCUCCCGACCACCGACCCCCGCCCGCGGCUCUCCGCACCUGAACUUCGGGGAAGCGAGAGCCUGCAAACUUUCCGCCGACUUCCACCCAACUCCGGCCCCCCCCUACCCCAGUCCACUUAG